GUAGAGAAUAUCCAGGUAGUGGCUGCAGUUCCACCUCUGGUCUGGCUGCCAUGUAUCAUGGGCGAACUACUGGUAAAGGGCCCCACACACAGAUUUACCAGCAACCUCCAAGGCUUCUCAUUGUGCAUGUCACUCUACCAUCCUGGGCUGACAUCUGCUCCAAUCUCUGUGAGGCUCUGCAAAACUUUUUCUCUCUAGCCUGCAGCUUGAUGGGCCCCAGCCGCAUGUCCCUCCUCAGCUUAUACAUGAUACAAAAUCAGCACGAGUGCAUCCUCCCCUUUGUGCAAGUGAAAGGGAACUUUGCUAGGCUGCAGGCCUGCAUCUCAGAACUCCGCAUGUUACCAAGAGAAGGUUGUUUCAGACCACAAGGCACUUCUCUGCAACUGGCAGUAGAAGAUGGGCUCCAGCAGUUCAAACAGUACAGCAGACAUAUGACCACAGGCACAGUUCUGAGUUACACUUCCCUGGAGAUUACUGUUCUGACUUCCCAUGCUGGAAAAGAGGUGGUCAAACAAUUAGAGGAAGGAUUGAAAGAUACAGACCUUAGCACGGUCAGGAGGCUUCAGGUGGUCGAGAUCACAAAGGGAGUCCUAGAGUGUAUGGACUCAGCAUCCCCUGUUGAAGAGCCCAGCAGUGAUGAGAGUUCUUUCCUGGGAACUGACAUUGACUUUCAGACUGUAGACAAUGAUAUUGUCAGCAUGGAGAUUUUCUUCAAAGCCUGGCUACAUAACAGUGGAACAGACCAAGAACAUAUCCAUCUUCUUUUUCCUUCACCGUCCUUCGGCAACAUUUCCAGAGGCACAGAUAAUCCAAUGUGCCUGAAAUGUGAUCUCCAAGAGCGACUCCUCAGCCCGUCCUUACUCCCUGGUACAGCUGAUGGCUCCUUGAGAAUGGAUGACCCCAAAGGAGACUUCAGCACACUCUACCAGAUGGCUGCCCAGUCCUCGGCCUGUCAUUAUAAGCUCCGGGUGAUCAAGGCUGUAAAAUCAACUGGUAUCUGUGAGUCAGUCACAUAUGGACUCCCAUUUAUCCUGAGACCCACGAGCUGUUGGCAGCUGGACUGGGAUGAGCUAGAGACAAAUCAACAGCGUUUCCAUGCUUUGUGUCACAGCCUGCUGAAAAGAGAAUGGCUGCUGUUGGCCAAAGGAGAGGCCCCGAGCCAAGGACACAGCCUGAGAGAGCCCGCUAGCACCUUCUAUGUGAUUGUGCCAUCGCGCUCCCCAACUCUGCUAGUGAAGGCAGUGGCCACACGAGAACUGAUGCUGCCCAACUCCUUCUCUCUACUGCCUGAGGACCUGCCUGAUGACAGCCUGAAGACUGUGGAGAGUGUGUUGGACGGCCUAGAGCUGGAGCCCAUCUACAACCCCUUGCAGAUUUGGAGCCACCUGUACUCACACCUGAGCAGCACCUUUGCCAAGCCUCAGGGCCGACUCCACCCAACCUGGGAGAAUCGGGCCCUGAGAAAGCACCCCAGCAAGGCUGGGCAGUUGCAGAUGAAUCGAGUCCGAGCCACGGUGGCCCCCUUGCCUAUAACCCCAGCCCCCAGCAGGGCCCCCAAGAUGCGAGCCACCAGCAAAGCCUCCUCAGAAGCCUUCUUCCAGCCUUCCAGAGAGGAGGAGGAAGUGGAGGAGUUUCCUUCAGAGCCUUAAGUCACCAGAGCCUGGGUCUGGCUGCCCUGCCCAGCCACAUCCACGCCAAGGCUCAUACGAUGGCAUUCUGCAGUCAAACUUGCCUUCCAUCCACCUGAGCCCCUGUGAGCUCCAGUGACCGAGAAAGAGCCUUUCCCUCCUCCGUCCUCGGCCUGGGAAGCUACACACCCCAGCCUCUCCCUUCUCUAAGCAAGUUUUCUUUGGGGUCAUUUGAUACUGUUAACGCAGAUGAAUAUUAAACACCGGGUAAGCCAA